AUGAGUUGCUUGUCUUGGGAGCGUUUCCCCCCAGAACUGCGCCUCCUUCUCCUCAAGCACAUCGCUGGACCCGACCCAGAUCCACACCAGGGGCCCAGACAUUGCUCAGAGGCAGAGGCGGCAAGGAGGGGCAGGGCAGCGGGAGCGAAACUGCACACAUACGCGUGGGCACCGUGUGCGGCCGUCUCGCGCGAGUGGCAGGCUUUUUUCGAGCGACGCACGUUUGCGUCGCUGGCGCUGUUCAACGACGAUGUGGAGCCGUUUUGCGCGGCGGUUCGGCGGCGUCCCGACCGGCUGGCGUACGUGGGCCGGCUGCGGCUGACCAUCGACCUGCCCGGGUACACAUGCGAGGAGUGUGGCACAGACGAGAAUGCGGCGACGCUCAAGCGCAACAACAUGGCCUUUACGGGCGUCCUGUGGCGUCUGCUGCGCGGGCUUGCCGCAUGGACGGGCCCUGUGUCACAAGAGCGGGGACUGCGGCUGGAGUUGGGUGUGCGCUCCAUCAGCGAUGGGCAGCACAUGUGGCAGGAGUACCGCAUCUUGCAUCCGUACGGCACGAUACGCUGUGGCCAAGACUACAGGUGGUACUUUAGGGAAACACGGCACCUCCGCAAACAUUGUAGGUACGGAUGGGAAAAAGGGGGGGUCGGUGACAUUGUCAUUCCACGAAUCCGACUACCGCCUGCGGGCUUUCGCCGUAUUUUCGGGACACGUCCCCUCGCACUAGACGCCGAUGGUGUCGAGGCAGAUGCGAUAAACACCGGAACCAAGGAAAGCAAGGAAGACAAGGGACGGAAGCGGUGCAGCAACCGGCAUCUGCGAUAUUGGAUGCGUCAUGGCCCACCGGCCGCGCCGAUUGUGCAGACACUUGUCGUCGGCCGCCGGUUCUUCCGCGCGAUGCACCCCAAUACUUUGCACCACCUGCUCCAUGCGAGCUUUCCAGGCGUGCAGCAGGUACAUCUGGAGCCGUGGCGGCCUCUGGAUGCAGCCAACUUUGACACCAUGGAGCGCGGCUACAGCCGUCUGCUCGCCGAUCUGCCACCGUCGCUGCGUUGUCUCAACCUGUUUUUGGAGAGCAGCCUUACGCUUCACCGGCAGUUUCGUGGCUUUGACGGCGAACCCGUCGGCCUCACAGCCCUGACCUUUCGCCGACUCCGCCCGCAGCUCGGACGCCAGCUCGCCGCGGGCAGCAACAACCUGACCGUGAUCAACGUCGCCUUUCUCUGCAACGCGGACGACUUCUUUGCAGCCGCGGCAGGUCUGCCCGCAGCGACACACACGUGGCCGCGGCUCGCCACGAUCGUCUUGACGGCGCCGACGCUGGCGCCCUCCUCGUCGCCCGAUGCCAUUGUGCGACUGCUGCGGCGGGCGGCGGCCGUGGCGGCGCGGAUGCCGCAGCUGCGGGAGGUCGAGCUCUGGUAUGUGUGCUGCCAGAACGCAUGCACGUUUUCGGUCACGCUGGCGCCGUUGACGCCCGGCGGCGCUCUCGCGGGGAUAUCCAGAGGGGCGGCACCAGAGGCGCACUUGACUCUCCGUUCCACAUGGCCGCUGCAGGCGGUGCUCACGAACCGUGUGGUCGGCGCGUGGCGGACGGUGACCAGAGAGUGGGUCAGAAGGACAUGGCCGUCGGCCGACGAGUGUCGUCUUGACGACUGUCUUGUCGUCACAGUUGAGACGCUCCAGGUGAGCUCAAGUGCUAUGGAGCGGGGCAUGGAUGCGCGCAUGCUGGUGCUCACCGGCAGCACACUGGCCAGCAAGUACAUGUUUCGGCAGUCUUGCGAGGACAUGCAGAUGGAACGGACCGGGAAUUGGAGAUCGCUUUUUGCGGUAGUAUGA